UGAGAUUCUAAAUAAAAAGAAAAAAAAAAAAGGAAAGAAAGAGGGAAAUCCUCUCUCUCAACCCUAACUCAGGUCUCUCGAUAUCAAUCACUCUCUCGCCUCGCCGAGCCACGAGCGCCGCCUCCCUUCGACCGCUGCAGUCGCACGCCGGCGAGCCUUUUUCCAUCUUUGCCGGAGUCGCACGUCGGGACAGAACUGAAACAAUAUUAUUCCAAAGAUCAUUUUGUCUGAGCUGGGCUACAAACUUUCCCUCUGAUCUUUGUCUCCCACAAUUCGCCAGUGACGACGAACCAGUUAGCGAAUCCUUCUGGAUUCAUAGCACAAGUUCGGCGAGACCGAGAACUACAGUAGAAUUUGGCUGAGAUGCACAGUCCAGAGAAAUUGGAUGGCGAUUAUUCUGCCAAUGAGGAAAGCAAUGUCUUGUCUGAAUUGGAGACUUCCAUUAGUCCCAAUGGUGAUCUCCAGGAAGGAAAUGAUAGUGAAAAUAAGAAUUUAGGUAAUUCUAAUGCUCUAGCAAAUGGGCUCUCUUCCAUGCUUAUCAACAUCAUAAGGGAUUUUGACUCCAAAGCUGAUGAUACUCUUAAAAGCCAGAGUCAGCUUUCGUCUUCCCUUGAUCGUCUUACUACAGAACUGGAUCAAUUACUUGAAGAUGCACCUUUCCCAUUCAUCAUGCAGCAUGCCUCAAGGAUUUCUAAUGUAAGAAAGAGAGUUUUGUCACUGAAUUCCAUCUUAAGAACUAUACAACGAAGAGUGGAUAACAUAGAUCGGGCAAUCUCGAUGGGCAAUCUACCAGUGUUUUCCUAUCAUAAAGCAAGGUUGUAGCUAGUUAUAGAGAUUGAAAUGGCAAAGGAGAAAAUCCAGAUCAGGAAGAUCGAUAAUGCCAUCGCGAGGCAAAUCACUUUCUCCAAGUGUCGGAGGGGACUUUUCAAGAAAGCUAAAGAGAUUUCUGUUUCCUGUGAUGCUGAUGUUGCCCUCAUUAUCUUCUCCUCCACUGGAAAGUUGUUUGAGUAUUCCAACUCAAAGUUUCUCUCUUUCUUAUAUUUUAUUUUUUCCAAAAACAAAAACUGUAAUCGGUUUCCCACGUUUUCUGAGUUCUGCGUUUCCUGAACCUACUUUAAUUCCAUUUAUAAAGGACAAUAUAUUACUAAAAAAGGCGAGAACCGUGACAAAAAUAAAGAGCUAACCGAAGAAAACACAUGUAAUUUGCUUACAACAAUCUUAUAGAAAAAGAUGAGAACAAAUAAGGAUAUUAACCAAUUUGAUAAUAGAUAUAAGAGGAUAUUCUUGUAAAGUAGUGCCUCAUAAAUUUUGUCAUAAACAAACAGAAAAGGCUAAAUGAAAACUAUAAAUCAUGCCUCGAGCCUCGCUUUCUCAUCAACAACGAGGUUUAUGGUAAUAGUGAUGACUGAACUUUUCAGUCACUCAAUUCUAACUAUUGCGGUUAUGAUAACGAUAAUGGAUAUAAGAGGAUAUUUUGGUAAGUACAUUUUUGAAUACUUGCAGUUUUAAGCCAGUUUCUAAGUGUUUUCAAGUGACUUUAAUGAUAUGGAAAUUCCUGCUUGAGAAGUUAUAAUGUGCUUAUUUCUCUUUGGACCAGAUUGGAUUAGAAUGUAACACCCGUUUAUGACUCAUGGGUACUAUUUAUUUGUAGUUUAGAUUUGAUUCAAGGUGCUUGAGUUUGUGGGUUGCACUAUGGUAGUUUGUGGGUUAUUCAUGCAUUAUGGUAGUUUUUGUGACAACUUUUGAGAUUUGAAGUACAUUGUGAGCUAAAUUUGCUUAUUGAUGUAUGUGUUCUUGAAUGUUCAUUUUUUUGGGAAUUCUAAUAGUUCUGUUGAGAACAGUGGUGGUGAAAUAUUUUUCGGAGUGUGUUUCUUUGAACAGGUUCAAGGUAAAUUUUUGGUUUUGUUGUGGUAGCAUCGUUAUGCUGCCGAAAAUUUUGAAAAAGAUUCUUGAAAAAGAAGUAAAGAUUUUGAAAAA